GACUGGGCAGUUGUAGAGUAAGUGUAGGUAAGAGAUAUGGGAUAGUAAACUAUAAAUAUUUAGAGCUUUUAGAUUUAUAACCUCACUUCCUAAUGAAAUAUUACAAGACAUUUUAAUAGAAAUUAAUUCAACCUUUGACCAUAGGGGAACAGAUAAUCAACAUUAGAUACAUAUUUGUAAACUGACAAACAAAUAUUCACUUACGUGGCUGUAAAAACUCUAUGUCUAACUUACUUGGAAAAUCAUUUUACAUUUAGGGUAAACUAUGAUUGUUGUUCAAAAUUAACCUAUUAUUUGUCAUUUAAUGAAUAUUAGUGCAAGGCUUUUAGCUUCAGAAGAAUUCUUUACAGGACAAGCACACCCAGAACUUAAAAGAUCUCUGAACAACAUAGUGUUUAUCAUUAGGAAAACAUAUCAUUAGAUCAGUCUCAACACAGAUUAAAUUUUUGACAAUGAAGGGGGAGAAUUUUUCUGAUGUGAAGCAAAAUAAUAUGGUGGAUUACAGAUUAACUGGGUUCAACAGAAGUACUCCGAGAAUGUCUCUUCAUUUAUACAGUGUUUCACAAUAUCUGCAUUUAAACAUAAUGUGAAAAGUUGUUUAAACUUCUAGUUAGAUCAAGUAAGAUGUGGAAAUUGUUUGCAAAACAGAAGAAAAUGGUAUACCAUUUUAUUGCUAAAUUGACUUUCUCUGUCUAUGGCAAUUUGGCAGACCCUGUUGACUCACCUAAAGCAGUAUCAAAAUAAAUAUUGUUAAUCAGGUUUAUAGAGGACUACGGUAAUAUUUGAAAGAUACAUAAGGCUCAUUAUUUCUGUAAUAUGUGCAUUUACCAUGAUAAGGGUAAAAACUGAAUUGCAUCAAGAAGGAAUAUGGCCAGCGUACAAAUGAAUGAUUUUUCUAAGCUGAUGCCUUCUCACUCCCAGACUGAAGAGAUAAUAUUCUGCCUAAUAUUUUAUUUAACUCACUAGGCUCACCAAUCUGCUGUGUGACUUUUUCUGUGGGUCUGGAUUUAACAAAAAAUGAUUGUAAUUCUGCUGAUGUCUAUGUCAAUGCUCUUGUACAGUGGUGGCCAAGUAGCGGAGCUGCCAGCAUUCCUGCCAGAGCUUCUCAACACACCUGAAAGAAUCUUGAGCAAUGCCACAUUCUUCAAUGGAGUCUUUCAAAAUGUGGAAAGCGUUACACUGUUUUUCGACUGCCUGGGUUCUCACUUCACCUGGUUACAGUCCAUCUUCACUAACUUCCCUGCCCUGCUCAACUUUGUAAACAAAAUGAAGUGUGUUACUGGGUUUUGCCCCAGGGAUUUUGAAGACUAUGGUUGCUCUUGCCGGUUUGAGAUGGAAGGUCUCCCCAUGGAUGAAGCCGAUAAUUGCUGUUUCCAGCAUCGCAAAUGCUACGAGGAAGCAGUGGAGAUGGAGUGCACAUGGGAUCCAUCAAAGAUUUCCACAGACAUCAGCUGCUCUACUGAAAACCUGACCUGUGAGUCUGAGGAUCCCUGUGAACAAUUCCUCUGUAACUGUGACAAAGAUGCCAUUGAAUGCUUUGUGAACACACAUAUUAACUCUUCCUUGAAUGGGCUGGAUGUCUCCUUCUGUCCAUCUCUGGUUACAGAAACAACCAGCAAGAAAGACAUGACAACACUUCACAUGAAGGAGUUCCUUCAUCGUGGGACUGGGAAAACACAAGCUGCAACUGCAUCCAUGGAAGAAGCAGUGAUUUCUUUUGAGCCCACUGUGGUGGUCCUGGGGAAUUCCAAGGCUGGAGAGGAAGGUGGAUUUAUGGAAGCUGUAGUCUCAGUGGAAGAGAUAACCACCUCCCCAGCCUCAUUUCCAGGAGAUAGUAACUCAAUGCAAGUUAAAAAUAAGUAUCAAAAUGUCGCCACUGAGAAAAUACCUGUGGGUACAUCUGCAAGGACAAAAGAAAAAGCAUGUGAGCGAUUAACCUUUCUGCAAGAGAGAGGAAAUGGAAGAGCAAAGAGGGAGCUGCCCCAGCUAGGAGAAAUGCUAUACUGUUUAACUGAGCGAUGCCCAGAGGAGUUUGAGUCUUAUGGUUGCUACUGUGGCCGAGAAGGAAGAGGUUAUCCUUCUGAUGCACUGGACAGGUGCUGCUUCUCUCAUCACUGUUGUCUGGAACAAGUUAAGAAACUUGGAUGUCACGCAGAAAGAAGUUCAAGAUCAGAAGUUGUAUGUUUUGAUCAUAAGCCAAAAUGUAUUGGUUGGACCAUAUGUGAGAAACUACUAUGUGCCUGUGAUGAGACAGCAGCCGGGUGCAUGGCUUCUGCCUUCUUCAAUGAAAGCCUUAAGUUUCCUCACAGCCAAGAGUGCCAAGGGGAGAAAUUCUCAUGUCAAAGAGUCCCAUAUGAAAGGCCUUCAGUUGGCACAGAAACAGGCACUGGGAUUUCCAGCUCUGAAGAGAGCAGUGAGGAGGAAGGCCCACUGCGGAGCGUAUUCAGAAGAGCAAAGAGAGAGGCGUACCACCCUGUUGGAAACUCCAGAGCUAUGCAGCAUGAAGGCAGAUAACCAACCACCACUACGCACUUGAGAAAUGGCAUGGAGACUUUCAUAGUCAGGCAUUGCGUACCUUAUUCUUUCACUCUGCAUCACACAAAUGAUGUAAUCAUAGACUAGGUAUUAAAUGUUAGGCUAUAUAAUGCCUUACCAUAGUGAAGUCAGCACUACAGACCACCCAUUUCAGUCAGAUAUUACCUUAAAUAAUCAUUUAACAGAAUUCUGUAUAGUUUCGUUUGAUUUCUCUUUAAGAACUCUUCUGAUCAAAGACUGAUUUUUGUUUCCUGUGUAGCUGGUUCAGACUCGAUCUUCAGAUUUUUAAUUAAACCUAUCUGCAACUACUCCAAUUCCUUUUGCAGACAUUCUUCCUUUAUUGAACUUAGCAAGAAACAUCCAGAAGAAAAGCUGAGGUAGUUGCACGAAAAUGAAUAUCUGCUUCCCUUCUUAUCUAAUUGCAAUUUUCAACUCACAGAGUCUCUGCUGGUCAAUCAGAUAAUGACAAUAAAAGACACAUUCCUCGUCCCCGUGCAGUGUACUAUGCAUGGUUAUCUCCAGUUCUGAGAGAUUUCAGGAUGAAAGGAAACACAGAACUUAAAGGUUCUGCUUCCCGGAUUCAACUAAACCACAUGUAUUCUGAAAUACGUAAUGUAAAGCUGGAAUAAUGGUUUUUGCUUUUUAGUGAACCCAAGUUUGUUUGCUUCUUUUUAAUCCAAACUCACCACUUCUAAGGUUCACCAGUUAUCAGAUAACAGUAGUAGAAAAGUCUAUGUACAUCCUUUUACUUCAUAAAGUGCUGAUUUAUGUUUUGAUCAUAAAAUACUGCCACAAGAAGUAAAAUUACUAGACUAUGACUACUGUUAACAAAGCUAAACAACAAAUCCCAGCUAGGGUCAAAAUCACUAGCACUUGUUAUUUUGAUGCAAAAGGUACACAUAUAUUUUAAACUGAUUGACUACUCAUCUUUUGACCUGCCAUAACUGACUUUGUGCUGUGUUUGCAUCACUCAUGAGAUCUUUAAAAGCUUAGAAUUGUGAUUCCCACUCUUUUAUUCAGUUGAAUCCUAUUGGCCUUCCUUUAUCUUAUUCACUUCAACUGCAUUCUUGAUUCCCAGUGCUAUAUUUCACUCCUUAGGAAGCAGUGACAGCACCUUGCUCUCCAUCAGCUUCCCCAGUGCUGGGCACAGAGAGAAACAAAGACCAACAACCCCACCACCACUGCCUUUGAGUUCAGAGUUUGGGUUUAGUUCUGCACUACAUCUCACUAUAACUUCCCAGACAUCUCGCACAAUAGAACCAGAAAUCAAAACAAGGUAGAUUUACUUUUCAGUUGAGGUGUCUUCAGAGGUUAACCAUCACAGAAUGCAACAGCUCAAGUACCACAUUACCUGAGACACUUGGAUGCUGAAUUGUACAAGUCUGAGCCUGCAAACCUACAGUAGGAUUAAAAAAUAUGUUAACAUUGGUGUCAAAAUUUACCUACUUUGCGCAAUGUUCUUCAGAAGUUCAACUUCAAAUGAUGUGUCAAGGAGCUGCAUUUGUUUGUGUAACCAUGAACAUCCAGAAACAAAUUAAUAAUAGACUUGAGGAUCAAGUCAUACCUGUUUCACUUACUCCUGGAACUAGAAAGUCUCUAAGAAUAAUCACAUUUAAUGCUUCAGUUUGCUUAACAAAAGAAACAAAAAUUGUUACUAUUAACUGAAAGAAAUACAUAAAAGCAAAAUAAUCAUUUUACAAUAUAAUUUUAUGGAAAAAAAAUACCAAAAUUUACCUCACUUUCUAAUCUUCUCUUAGAUUAAAAGAUUUAAAGGAGCUAUAACUGAAACUAGAGGUCAGUCACUGAGGGAAGGUGCUCCAAUGCCAGCCUGUUCCACAACAGGGCAGGUUUCAGUCAUAACCAGUCUAUUAAUACAUGGUUCCAUGGCUGGUGUCACCAGCACAAUUUUGAGUUUUAAGAUAACGGGAUGGUCUACACAGCACAAGGCCUGCUGGGGUUGUAUGGGAUUCACCUUUCUCAAAGUGGGAAGAAAGUCUUUGUUCGUGAGCUAGUAGUCAUGGCCAGAGCUUCAAACGAGACUUGAUGAGGGAGGGGGAUAAUAUCAGGCUCAUAUGGGCUGAUGCAUCAAGGUUAGAGGG